AUGACCCUCUUCAAUCCGACCUCGAUCCUGGUGGGCUUCUUGCUCCUUUACCUCUCGUCCUUCUUCGUCUUCGCGAUCGUUCGUAUUGCAACCGGCAUAUCCAUUCAACGUAUCGGUUAUUUUUCGCUUCGUCGUAUCGCAUACGCCCCGAGGGAAGGCCUGCUGAUUGAAAUCCGUGGACUCGGCUUCUCACUUCACCCCCCGUCCUUCGCACAGCCAACAUGGAUCAGCAUUCGUUUAACAGACUUGAAGGUGACGGUCGAUACGGCUACACUGGCAAAAGGCAAAACAGAAGGCCCGCGAGAUCUGUUGGGAUCCCCGAGUCCUGGCAGCCCCAUCCCUGAACAAAGCGCCACCCCCGAGUCGACCACCCCGCGAAGCAAAACAUGGCAGACAUUGACACGGAUAAAGGAGCGCUUGAAAGCUUUGCAUCGACAGAUCAACUGGCUGGCCCUUGUCGAUGUUUCCGCUAUCAACACAACCGUUCAAUUUGUCGGCGCUGGUCAAAUCCAAGUUGGGUCGUUGUCGCUGGCGGUGGACACCCGAAGUAAGAUGGUGGAGCGAGGAAAGCUUUUCCGGCGCAAGAAGGAUAUGUCUCAGGAGCAGCGUCCGGCUGAAUGGAUAAUGAAUGUUCAAAACGUCCUACUUGCUGUGGAUGGUCGCGAGCCAACUGAAGUCCUGGACAAUGUUGGUGUGAACCUCCACGGUCUACUUUACAAAGAUCUCGAGGGCCUCCGUGACGCAUCCGUGGCACUCAAGGUCGGUCGACUACACAUUCCGUACGACGACUUCAGUAUGCUUCUGCAACGCAUCAAAUCCGCCCAGAAACCAUUGAAAGUGCCGGUGCGCAGCCCGGAGACCGAUGAUGAAAUGUCAUUUGCCGACUUUGUGGAGGAACUGGACAAGCCUGGUAGCCGCAAUGACUCUAUUGUCCAGACUGUUGCGGACUCGCGAGAGUUUGCCAGCUCGAUUUUACGUGGUAUCCAGGAGUUUCAGGUUGCUUUGAGUUUCUUUCGAUUGUCACGCAGCCUGGGCUCUCUUUCUGCAGGCCAGAACCCUGUAUUCUUGAACGUGGUUUCUCAUGAGCUUGGAAUUGACCUCCACCGAAUGGACCAAAAAAGCCCGGAGCACCGCAUGUAUUUUCAGCGAAAUGACGUUGCUCACCAAGCCCUACUUGCUGCCAUUUCCCUGUCAGUCAGCUUGGAUGACAACUCGGGAGAAACUGACAACAUUCUCUACAUUCCAAUGGCCACGACUACCAUCAAAACCACGUUACCUUCAAAAACUGUGAACGCCUUCGACGACGAAAAUCCCGAAGAACGUAACACCAAUAUCCUCUUCGCCAACUUGGUUAUCACAUCCCCAUCGCUUGAUAUGCAACCGCAGCAUGUGUCUCGACUGUUAAAACUGGCGCAAGCCCGAGCGUCUUCUCCGCGAUCCAAAAAGCGAAGUAAUCACCAUCUUAUCUCUCGCUUGCUCCCUAAGGCUAGCAUCAAGCUGUCUGUCCAUGAGCCCGUGAUUCGAUUUGUCCUUCCUAUUGAAAAAGAGACAGGCACUCCAGAUGACUACAACCUCUUGAUUUCGUCAAUAUCGUCAAUAUCCCUAGACAUCGAGUCUUCUCAUUCGUCCGAGGGCGGCGCCCAUUAUUCCCUUUCGGCCAUUUAUCGUGUUGCAUCUCACAAAUUCUACUACCAGACACCUUGCGGCGAAAAACAUAAUUUGCUCACCACUGAAAAUCUGGAGCUUAAGGCUCAUUUGAACGCAAGUCCGGAGGUAUAUGUUAUUGCUUCAGGAAGCGUAAAUGACUGUUCCGUUCAUAUGAUCAAUGGGGAGGUUAAUCGUGGAAUCCGUGAAGUGCUUGAGCAAUUUCGAACACAUCUCAAGCCAACCAAAAGGGUUGCGAUGCCUCCAAACGAACGAAAGACUACUCCUUUACGAAAGAUCCCACCUUGGCUCCUACAAUUUUCGUUCGAGUCCACUGGGUUCAGUCUCGAAGUCGCCGGCGUGGACAAAAGUGUAUCUGAUAUCUCUCGUGGUGUUUCUCUGCAGCUACAGUCCUGGACCGCAGAAUAUAAAGCACUAAAAACCGAACACAAUGUUGGCAGCAUCGUCAGGAGACGAACCUCUAGCCAUUCCACAAUUGGUGAUGAAUCUCCAUUCCGGUUUACACCAACUUCGCCCCCCAAGAAUAUUCAGCGCGGUGCCACAGAUGGUAGACGACUCGCAUUCCAUGUGCGCGGAUUUGACGGAUUUGUCAUUGAAUCAGAUGAUUAUCUUGAACCUGAACCUUUUUUCUCACUUCCCCGAUUUGAGGUUGCUUUGAGUACGCAGAGUGAUCGCCUUGGACCUGUCUUGCAUGUCAACUCAGUCUUCAAGGGUAUCUACCUACAAUAUUCUCUCUAUCGAUUUUAUUGUCUAGGUGUAGCUGUGUCCGUCAUUCAAGAUGUUCUUACGCCGCUACCCCAGGAGUCUGACUCUGAAUCAACUCGAAAGAAGCAAAGAGGAGAACCAAGCAUAUCUCUACCCCCUCCACCAUACUCCCCAUCUUCUUCCUCAAAGAAUGAGCUAGUCACAUUUGAUGUAAAGGCUACUGUCGUUCAACUGAAGCUCAACUUACCAGCCGAUCCUCCGAUGAUGCUUCAGAUUUACGGCCUUGCGGGUGGCUCUCAACGACUCAGUACUCCUCACAUUAAAGCCAAUCUUGUGCGUAUCCACGCCGAGGCCCCCAAACUCAAGGGUGUUUGGGCAAGAAUUGGUAGUAUGAAUAAUGUUAGACUUGAUUUCCGCAAGAUGAGGUUCAAGCAAGGAUCAAAUCUGACCGAGGAAAGAUCGAUUGAUCUCUGGGCUGACUUCAUCCGACUCGGUGUCCCGCACCAUAUGGUCAUGCAUCGCAUUUUUGAUAAUCUUAUUAAUACAUCAAAGGCCUUCAAGCAGUUGCGUCAUCGGUUCAAGAGCCGGAGCAGAGAAUUUGUUUCUGAGAGAGCGCCCGAGGAGCCGAAGAAAGUGCCAAGAAUAUCACUACGCACGAAGGCCCUUCUUUUUGAAUUGGAAGAUGAUGCCUUUGAGUGGAAGUUGGGAUGCAUCUACCGAACUGGCUUGAUCGAACAGACACAACGCUUGGCCCGUGAGGAUGCCUUCGAUUUGAAAGCACAGAGGGUUAAAGAAUCCGAUCAACGGCGUGCUACGUCUAGACUCCGCGCCAAAUCAAGCCAUCGGACCCUUCGGAGUGAGCGAACAAGUCAAGAUACUCGCAGAAGCAAGAGCGCAGACACCCGAACAAAGGUGGAUGAUGAACCCCAAACCCGUGGCCGAGCCCGCAAAUAUCGCUAUGAUACCGAAGGCGCAACCUGCUUGACAGCCGAGCAAAAGAUUUCCACGGAUGCGGCAUGGAACCGUCUCCAGCAACACAAUGCUCAAGUUUGGAAAGAGAAAAUCGACGCAGCCAUGAAGUUCCAAGGCACAUCAAUUAAAGAAGUUCGAAACUUGUUCUCCGGUGCAGACGAACCUCCAGAUGAUGCCAAGGAGACUGAGACUAUUCUUGCAAUUCCAAAUAGACCGGGCUUGCUGUCUGCCUUGAUCAGUGAUGUUAAUCUGGUCAUUGACAAACCCUCUUUCCCAAGUGACGAAUUCCGCAAAUUUCUUCACCGUAUUGGCAAAGGUAUGCCCAUGUCAAUGAAUUACGGCCUUUUGGUGCCAAUGAGCUUCAAUCUUGAGAUGGGCGAAGCGCGUGUGAAUCUACGAGAUUAUCCUUUGGAUCUUUUGCACAUUCCAGGUUUACGCCCUGGGCAAUCUCCAAGACUCCCCAGUUGGUCAUUGCGAACAAAUUUUGUUGUUGCUGAGGAGUUCCGCGACGAGGAAUCUGCGAGACAAGUUGAAGUGGAGCUUAUACCCUCAACAGAGGCAGCUGAUGGCUCUCCUGUUGAUCCAUUUAAACUGAAGGUCUGGCGUUCGGUGACCCCCGUCAAAACUUAUUCCGAUCCUGUUAUCGAGAUCAAUACAAGCCUACCCACGAGUAUCUCUUGGGGUGUCUCUUACCAGCCUGUAAUCCAAGACAUGAUGAAGAUCAUUGAGGGUUUCACCAAGCCCGAGAUUGAUCCAUCCGAGCGAGUCGGCUUCUGGGACAAGAUCAGAUUGAGCUUUCACUCGCGGAUCAAGGUUCUUUGGAAGGAAGACGGCGACGUUCACUUGCGCCUCAAGGGCUCCCGUGAUCCUUAUGUGGUGACAGGGUUUGGAAGUGGAUUUGUUAUGUGUUGGCGCAGAGAUGUCAAGUGGGAAAUCCAUACCAGUGACGACCCCAUGGAGUUUAUGAGCGUGACGAGUGGUGAAUAUGUCCUGGCCAUCCCAGACUACAGUUCAGAAGCGCGAUGGGCAUUCGAAUCGAGUACGGAAGAUCUAGAGACCAGCUCUGCAUCCAGCGAGCAGAAGAACGCAGCUCACUUUAAGAAGGUCAUCAUGAAACUCUCUGGUGACGUAAAAUGGGCCGCUGGGUUGGUUUUUGAGCGUGACGUUGACGCAGACUCUCGAUCCUUCGCCUUCAAGCACCAUUACGACGUUAUUCUCAAGAAUCCCAAGUUUUUGACCGCAGAACAACGUGCCAACUACGAUGCCUACCGGGGUUUCCGGAGCGACCAUAUCCACCUUUCAGUGUCAAUUAUUGCACCCCAGGGUAAGAAUUGGUCCGUUGAUGGCAUUCAACCAUCGUCGAGUUACAAUACAACCCAUUUGUCUCCGCGCUUCUUCACUCACUUCUUCAGCUGGUGGUCUCUAUUUUCUGGCGUCAUGUCUCUCCCCGUUCGCCAAGGUGCUCUCUUCCCGGGUAUCACCAAGACAAGCAAAAAGUUCAAUCGUCACCUGGCUACUGUCAAAUACAAGCUCUUACUUGCACCGCUUUUUGUUGCUCAUAUCUAUAAGCACAAAGAUCGCGAAGAUUAUGGUGAGGAUGCUGUCACAGCUACUGGCAUAAAGGUUCGCCUUGAUUCCUUUAAGCUUGAUAUCCAUCAACGCCGCGAGCAGGUCAAGACCCAGGCCCGUGGCCGCUCCAGACAGACAAAGACAAGUGCAAUGCGUAUUAAUCAGGCACUAAUUGACCUCCAAUCUGCUGAUUUCCGUGCUGUUUCUGCGAGCAUUGAAGGCACAUCGGCGGACGACAUUGCGAAUAACAAAGAUGAUAUCAUAUCUACAUUCCAGCAGCCCGUGCCCUCGGUGGACCUAUCCCGGUUCACAAUUCCUGACCAAAACCUGGAUUGGAUUGAUAUGGACGAUUUUGUUGAGCCUGAUUGGAUUUUACCCCAGGAGUCUAACCCUCGAACCCAAAUUCUUCCUCUCGCCUUCACCCCACGUUUGACCUACUUCCGCCAAACAGACCAUGCUGAUAUUGGACCUGAAGAAACUGGUUACAGCAGCUUUGGAAAUGAACCUACCCAUGAAUGUGUGAUGUCGGAAACAAAUGACCCUCGACGCGUCCAGAUUGAGUUGAUCAAGGAUCGCCUUGCAACUGUUGAAGCUCAGAUCCGCAACUAUGAUCGUACUAUCGGGGAGUUAGAGCUGAAGCUGAUGAACGGGGUUGAUGUUGAGCCAGAUUUGAAAACUCAACACGAGACUUAUGUUCGCCAGGCCGAAUCCCUAGCUAGACGGCGUAAGUUCUUGACAUCAACAUUGAACCGACUCGAGAAACUGUUGGCGCGUGACGAGCGGACACCAGGACGAAGUCGAUUGGGAGUCAAUGGGGCACCUAGUGAAACCUCCUCGCGUACAGGACGCGAUGCUGAUGGUAUUGAUGGUAUCUAUUCAUCGGCCACAGAUGAGUUCUCGAGUGACUUCAAUAAUCGCUUCAUGAUUCAUAAUGUGCAAUUGAAAUGGAACAACUCUCUCCGGAACAUUAUACUUCGAUACAGCCAUCAAGUGAGUCAGCGUCGAGGAUUCGUUUACUACAUGUCCAGACGAGCUGUUAAGUUUAUCCUUGAUAUUGUCGAAGAGCAAAACAAAAACAAGAGGAAGAACCCCAAGAUGUCAAGAACUCAAACUCGCGGUGAUAAUGAUGAUGAAAAUGAAAAUGAGAAUGAGAAUGUCGAGGACCGCAUUGAACAAUUGUUGAAUGAUGCAAAGCGCUAUGUGAAUGCGGAAGAAAACGAGCCCCCAGAGUCAAACACUCAAUCACCCUCACCUUCAGACAACUCUAGCGAAAACAUUGCUCCAGAGUUUACUGCUCAGAACAGCUACUACUUACGGCUCAUUGCUCCCCAAAUCCAACUUCUCAGUGAAAAGAAUCGCAAGUCAGUUUUGUUGGUGGCCGCUAAAGGCAUGGAACUCAAGGUCGUGUCAAUUAUGGACAAACUGCGUGUUGCGGACGAUGUCAGCGGUUUAGUUCAACGUCGCUUCUCUCUUGAGAUGGAUGGUGCCCAGUUCUUCGUCGCGACUCAGAAAACUCUCAUGGCAAAUCUACAGUUCUACGCAGGCAACAAGUACGGCAACGUACCGGGAUCUGCAUGGCCUCCAUGGUUGACGCUUGAAGCCAUGUUUGAUUUUGAGCUGAAUCCUUUCGGAUUUUCUCGUAUCGUGCAGAAGACAUCUGCGACUCUUCGCUAUGACAAGUACAACAAUCUUCGUCUCAAGUACAAUGAAGAAGUUGCCAAGGGUAAUCACGGUGGAACUCACCCUGAUGAUGAGCCCCGGAUGGAUCAGAUCAGUGUUGAUUUCCCACACUUCCGUGCUAUCUGCGACUCUGCAGAAUAUUAUUCCAUGUACAUCAUCGUUUUGGAUCUUAUGCUCUACAGUGAACCGCUUGAGAAGGUUCGAAAUGAACGCUUGGAAAAGAUCAUGCUCACAUCCGAUUUCAGCGAUCUUCGUGGAGCACCGGAGAUGGUCUUCAAAUUGCAAUCACGCAUUCGUCAGCUGGAAGAAAUCAAAGAAUACUUCCAAAUCAAUGCUAAAUACUUGGACAAGCAAGGCUGGGAGGACCGUUUGGCGCUGGAGCACGAUCUGUCUCAAUGCGAGGAUGAGCUUUUCUUCAUGAUGAAAGCUAUCACUACUUCCCAAAGACGUGCUGAGCCCAGCUCAAGCGCGACGAAUGGCGUUCUGCGGUGGAGCAUUUCUGCAAGCGAGGUCGUCUGGCAUUUGAUGAAGGAGGCAUCUGCACCUUUGGUGGAGUUCCAACUUCAAAACGCUCAGUACGAACGAACGGACAAUGCCGAUGGCUCAAACCACAAUCUGGUGGCCGUUGAAAGAUUGAAUGGCCUGAAUCUCUUGCCUGAUGCCAUUUAUCCUCAAAUUAUUGCGCCCUACCUGGAUCAGCCAAGUCCCCUGGAUGAAUUCUUCAUGCUUAAAGUCAAAUGGCAUAUGCUGGAGGCUGUUGCUGGAAUUCCCGUGGUUGAUAAUUUUGAAGUUUUACUCUUCCCACUCAAGAUCCAAUUGGAGCGCGAGCUCGGUCAAAAGCUUUUCGAAUACGUUUUCCCCAACAUGGGAUCGGGUGCAUUUGAGAGCGGUGGUUUCUCACCUUUCAUGAUCAAGAAUAUGAAGCCACUCGAGGAAUCAGAUGACGAAGAUGACGACUCUAACAGCCCAUCGCUUUCUCAGUCUAUGAGUGCGGACGAUGAUGCUGUGUCUGUGGACGAUUUGUCUGCAUUCAAGGGUCCCGGCUCCAUUGAGUUAAGACUGCAGCCAACUCUUUCUCUUUCCGAGGAGGGCAAAUCCCGACGUCCCAGCCACGUCAAGGGCCUUGCUAUGACUCCCAUUCACAGAAGCAAUACUCGCCUCAGCGUGCCAGAAUCCUCUCGACAGACAGGUCGUCCUGCAACAACCGGUGGCUUGUCCAAGAAGAAGUCUGCUGAAAGCAUCCGCAUGCUAGUUAAACAACCCACCGAGCGAUCACUGUCCAGCCAAAGCGCGAACGAAGAGAGGAAGAAGUUUGCUCUAAGCAGGAGCUCAAAGAAUGGCAAGUCUAAGGAGCCUACUGAUGACCUGUCCCAAAUGAUGUCUCGCGCUUCAAACUACAUGACGCUUGCUCGAGUUAAGGUGCAUGAUGUGGUUCUCAGUAUGAGCUAUAAGGGCAAAGGCGAGCACAAUAUUGAAGAUCUCCACGACUUUGUUUUCCGUCUUCCAGUCCUUGAAUACGGAAAUAAGACAUGGUCGAACCUGGAUCUUGCCUUGCGUCUCAAGAAAGAUGUCAUCAAAGCACUUAUCUCACAUGCGCCCGCUAUCCUUGGAAAUAAGUUCUCUCACCAUCGUCCCUCCAAGCAACAACAGAAGAAAUUCCGUGAAAUGGCGUCUUCGUCCCAGCUGCUUCCCAGUUCAAAUUCCAUUGCCAACACUGCGCGAAGCCAACCUGCCAGCCUGACGAGCUUCGACUCCAAUAGCGAGUACUCCGAGUCCCCGUCACGCAAAUCAAUGCAGUCAAACGCAUCACCGCUGGCUAGAUCGGUGUCUAUGAGCUCUGAUGCCCACGGCAACGCAGAUCCUCCACUAUCAGACUCAAGGUCUGCGAGUGAGGUAGAUGUUGAUUCUCGUUGGGAGGAGUCUCGUCGCUUUGUCAAUGCCCCCAGCAGACCCAUGACUGCUGGCCAUACAGUGACCAUGAUCGAAGCUAAUGGUGGCGAGCAGGAAGACAGCUCCAAAAACAAAACCAUCCGGAAUCUUGGCCGCAAGUUCACUUUCCGCAAAGGCUGA